AUGAAUAUGAAAUAUUUAAGGAAAUUCAUGGCAUAUUAUCAACGAUACGAUGAUCUCUCACUAAACGUGACCAACCCGAAUGCAUCAUCAAACUAUCAUUCAUCGUAUUCAUCCUGGUUUCCAAACGAUCAAAACUGGAGAAUAAUCGAAAAUGGACAACCAUCGCCACCACUAUCAUCUAGAUCUCCAUCGACAUAUCAAGAUUUACAUGAUAAUCCAAAUAAUCCCGCCUAUCGUUUACAUUCCGAUUUAACUUGUAAUACAGGCUAUUUCAUUCCGUAUACUAACGACAAUGUUUCUACUUUAUCACAUUUAAAUCGAACAUUAUCAGAGGACUAUACUCUAAGUAGUUCGGAUUCUUCAACAUCGACAAUUACCAUGCGUACAAGUACAAUGAGUUCAAAACGAAAACGUAAACGAAUAUUAAAUGGUGUCCAACGACAAGAAGCCACACAACGUGAAAAGCGAAGAAUGUUAAAAUUAAAUAAAGCAUUUGAAGAUCUUCGAAAAGUUUUGCCCGUUUCAGAAUUUGCUCGCAAUAAAUUAUCUCGUGCAGAAACAUUAAAAUCCGCAAUUGAUUAUAUUAAUCUAAUGACAGACAUGUUACAGACAAAUUCAAUAGGAGGUGACUGUCUAUGA